AGCUGCGUAGCUUCGUGCUUUCGUCCUGCUUGCUGUCUGCUCACACACAGGCACAAGAAGAAGGAAAGAAAAACAAGAACGCAGGCAAAUGCGCUCCGUUUCUUCCUCGGCUCGUAGUCGUUUUCUGUGGCCCGAAUCGUGCGAAUGUCCUUUGGCCAACUCCCGUAGUGUCCAGCCGAGAGCGCAUACCACUACCGUGUAUACCGUGGCUCCGUUGCUCCGAAGGAAUGUGGAAAAGUGUAAAUUAAUCGUGCCCAAGCUGUUUUAGCCUGUUUGUGAGAAGAGUCGGUCGUGUUCCGGUGGCGGUGUGGUGGUGGUGCGGUUUUUGCUACGACAGGAAGCAGCGGUAAGCGGACGGUGUGGGUGUGUGUGUGUGUGUGCGGAAGAAAGCCUUGUGUGCCUACGGGGUGUGCCGUGCGGGAGCAGAUUGUUGCCGCUUGCCUGCCCGAGAUCGAUGGCGAUUCCGUAAUCACAAUCAGAGGGCGCAUCUAGCACCUAGGCCGGAACAGGCAGUCGUGUGCAGCGUGUGCAGUGUGUGUGUGAGUAAUUGUUUUGUUCGAUCAGUGUGGGAACGGUUUGUGAGUACUGUUGCGGUGCGUGUGUGUAAUACGUGCGUUUGUAAGUUGUGUAAGCAAGAGUGUGUGUUUGUGCGUGCAUGUGCAUAUUGUUAAAGUGCGAACCCGUCCGCGAAACGACGCGAGUAAAACCCGGUUUGCCCCUAGUGUGCGAGAAGCCGCCCUUGCUGUCUCUAGUAGGGAUCUCUGUGUCUUGUUCGUUGUCUUGUGUUGUGUGCGCGCAUUUACUGGCUCUCCGCCCGGUCCAUUAACGCUCUACAUCCGCACGUGUGUGGCUGGGUGCGUCAAAGCAAACCAGUGGUCAAAGCAAGCGGUGCCGCCACUCUCGCCUACCGAUAAGCAGAAGCAUUGCUGUGUCGAUUACACUUGGCUCAUACACUACACACACCCUUCGAAGCGAAGUAACCAACAGGCGGGAGACAGCAGCGCUAACACAAACCGGAAGAUACGCACAAACCACGUUGCCCUCUUGUACGUACAAACGCAAAUCCUUUUGCAAAUUGUGUGUGUGUGUGUCUGUGUUGAAGAGAAGUGAUUUCGUUCGUUCGAUCGAGUGGAGAUUCCCGUGCGAAAGCCCAUAGAGAAAGAAGACACACACAUAUACACACAGCGUAGUAAUGGCCGAGGCAGCAAACAACGGUGCUGGAGCGUCGGGAUCGGGCGCCAACAACAACCCGAACGCCGAAGUCGUCAUCCGUGGACAGGUGUUCGAGGUUGGCCCCCGGUACACAAAUCUGGCCUACAUCGGCGAGGGAGCCUACGGAAUGGUGGUCUCUGCAGUGGACACCGUCACCAAGACCAAAGUUGCCAUCAAGAAAAUAUCUCCCUUCGAGCAUCAGACCUACUGUCAGCGAACAUUGCGGGAAAUCAAAAUUCUUACCAGAUUCAAACACGAAAACAUCAUAGACAUAAGAGAUAUCCUCCGGGUGCCUAGUAUAGAGCAGAUGAAAGAUGUAUAUAUUGUUCAGUGCUUAAUGGAGACUGAUCUAUACAAACUACUAAAAACACAGCGACUAAGCAAUGAUCAUAUCUGCUAUUUCCUGUAUCAAAUACUUCGUGGCCUGAAGUACAUCCACUCGGCAAACGUGCUGCACAGGGAUCUGAAGCCCAGCAAUCUGCUGCUGAAUACGACUUGUGAUUUAAAGAUUUGUGAUUUCGGUCUUGCACGCGUAGCCGAUCCCGAGCACGAUCACACCGGCUUCCUGACGGAGUACGUGGCCACCAGAUGGUACCGGGCGCCAGAAAUCAUGCUCAAUUCCAAGGGCUACACAAAAUCGAUCGACAUCUGGUCGGUCGGCUGCAUACUGGCGGAGAUGCUGAGCAACCGGCCCAUCUUCCCCGGCAAACACUAUCUCGAUCAGCUGAACCACAUCCUGGGCGUGCUGGGCUCCCCGUCCCAGGAGGAUCUGGAGUGCAUCAUCAACGAGAAGGCGCGCAGCUACCUGCAGUCGCUGCCGUACAAGCCGAAGGUUCCGUGGUCGCGCCUCUUCCCCAACGCCGACCAGAAUGCGCUCGAUCUGCUCGGCAAGAUGCUCACGUUCAAUCCGCACAAUCGCAUCUCGGUCGAGGACGCGCUGGCCCAUCCCUACCUGGAGCAGUACUACGAUCCGGCGGACGAGCCCGUGGCCGAGGAACCGUUCCGUAUCGCGAUGGAGCUGGACGAUCUGCCGAAGGAAACGCUGAAACAAUUAAUCUUCGAGGAAACGCUGCGCUUCAACCACAACGAUCCGCCAGUAUAAGCAGCCUACACUAGCCCACUCCUCACCUCCCCUCGACAGCUCAUACAGACGGAACACAUCAGAAGAGCCACUCAGUUCCAGAGCCCAUGGUUGGCCAGCAUCAGCAGUGCGUUGGAGUCAAUGGAUCCGCGACCCAUCGCAGCGCCAUCAAAGUCUCUCGGAUCGCCUGUAUGAGUGUUUGUGUGUGUGAGUGUGUGUUUACAUGUUAGUAUCUUGGUGGGGCGGGGGGGGAGCUGAAAGGAUAUAUGUGGUAGUUAAUGCCAAACCUUCAAAACACAGGAGUUUCAACAGCAGCAGAGCUUUCGACAAGAUAUCUCUCCUAUGUGCAGCUCAUGGCAUAAGCAGAGAGAGUGCGCCCACCAGUCACCCGUUUAGAGAUCCGUUCUGUUUGGUAAUUCCCGAUCAUCCCGAUCCCCCUCAUGCGUGGGGAGUGGGACAUUUAUUUUACUUCUUUUUCGGUUUGCACUCGUUUUAUCCCUCACAAUCAAACGGAAAAAGGAAACUCAAAGCCCCUUUUCCAUUACAUUAUUGUACACAGAAAGAGAGAGAGAGAGAAAAAGAGGAAGGCAAUGUGUGUGUGCGUGUGGUUGUGUUUGUUGCGCUGUUUGUAAAUGCUUGUGAUAAGGAGGAGUUAAGGAAAGGAUGCUAUUGUGAGGUUGAUGAUUGCUCCAUCUAUUGAGAAAAAACGCAAACACACACACAUACCUGCUGACUGCAUCCUGGGAACGAUUAUGCCCGCACGACGUGUGAGAGCUCUCUGUGGUGUGCUGGAUGAUUGUGAUAGAAGUGAAGGAAAUGCUCUUAACUGCCCGAUUUCCCCCCAAAAAACAAACAAAUCGAAGCUGUAUGUUAUCCCCAGCACAUGUGCACACAUUACAAACAGAACAGCAAAUUAGUAGCAAAUAGUACGCGGAUUCCAUUCUUUAUUUCAUCUGGCGUUCAACCAAAGAACAGGAUGAAAACAACACAAAAUUUGCAAUCGGUUGUGUUGUGUUUGUAUGCUGUGCUGUGCUGUGCCGUGCGUGAUAAACCUAUCACGCUUUUUUCGUUUUGCUUCUUAAACCCCGCUAGCAAAAAUAUACACCUGCCGCGUUUGGAGCGUUUUACUUUUAAUUAUUUUUUUGUUUUUAAAAACAAUAUUUUUCCCUUUAUUCCCGUUUACCUAGGCAGUAAGUAGAGAAUCGUUUUAACUCCCCGUGGCAGUUUAUAGUGCAGUAUAUAGCAGCAGAUACAGUAGUAGAGUGCAUAUCAUUUUACGAACAGUAAACACACGUCUGGUUGCAAAUCGACAAACAGGUCUCUCUUUCUAUAGGAAAGGGACAGAAUAGAUCGCUCAGUUAAGUUUGCAACAGCACCGUACCGAGCCGCACCCGGGCGCGGAUCAUGGCUAGUGCAAUGUUUCUCUGUAAUACAACGAGGGAAAAAGGGCCAUUACUUUUAAAAUCGGCCAGCAGGGAAUUCGGAAAGGAAAAGCAAAUCUGAAGUUUGAGAUUGAAUCAGAGUUUAACCAGGUGGUGUUUAAGUAAUAAGUGUCUUGUCUUGUACUAUGUUUUACGCAACAACCGAAACAACAGGUGAAAUUGCUCCCGCACUGCAACGUAGGUUCUACUAAAUGCCAUAGAAGAAGAAGAAAAAACAGUAUGCUAGAGAGCAGGUCAAUCGGAUCUCUAUUAGAUCGCCUAAUGAAUAUAAGAAAUUUGUCUUUGAAAAAAACAAUCCUCCAUAACCAACAUAAAACAACACACCCAUAAGUACAGUGAUCUCUAACGGCGAAGCGUGGCUCCCUUUUACAGGGCUUGCCACGAUUUAUUGGUUGGUUUCCAUCAAUUUUUGGUGGGUUCCCAUAUUUUUUUUUUUUUUUUUUUGGUGCGUUCCUACGAUUUUUUGACCGUUUCCCAUAAUUUGUUUAUCCAAUUGUAUUGAUAUCCAAUCGGAAAAUACCAAUAAAUUAUGGGAACGAACCAAAAAUCUAUGGGAUACAAUAAAAAAAUAAUUGGAAACUGACCAAUAAAUUUUGGGAAACCCUGUAUAACUGUUCCCUUUAUUGAAAUAGACCAUAAAUACUGUCCUUCCUGUUGAUAUGAUUUCUACCAUCCCGAUGGUGCAAAUUUGUCGAAUUUCUUAUUUGACUUUAUUAUGCAAUACAAUUGGCAUCAUUUCCACUCAUUGGAAAAGUAACAUUCAACACCAACCCCACGCUGUUCGGUGUUUGGUGUUGAAACGUUAAUAAUUUGCUCAACAUUCCUGGCUUCUUUCCCAUCAUUUGCAUCUCUCCUCUUUUCAACACACACGCACACAUGAUUCAAUUUGCAUUGUGCAUUUAUUGAUGAAUGGAUUGCUGUGCAAGCUCUCUCUCGAUGCGGUUCACUGCUCAAUUAUGGUAGAGUUUUUGUGUGUAUUUUUUUUUUACUGUGUGCAACCAUUUGUACCCACACACCAUCGUGCUGUGCUGUGUUCGUUUCGAUGCAUGGGAAUUACGAAUGAAGCUUUUUUUUUUUAUUUCUUCUGGAAAUAGUUUGCAACCAAAUGCAAAUUAACCUUUGUGUGUCCCCCGGAGUGUGCUAUUCGAGUGAAGGAUAAUUAAUUUACACUGCAUAAAUUUGCACAAAUAAAACACACAUCAAUAAUCAAUGAGGGGAGAAAACAGAGCAAAAACGGGACAAAUUCUGAAACAAAACCACACACACAAACACAAAACGAAAUAGCACAGUAUAACAGUAUGUAAAUAUGCAACUUUUUCACUACGAUAAACACGCUUCGAUGGAAGAAUGAUCGCUUUACCAAAGCUAGCACCAGUAGCAGCGCAGCAGCAUUCUUUAGCCAUUUCUAUUCCCUCCACUAUUUGCAUUCUUGACUCUAGCAAACCUCAGAUGUAAUCCACAAAACAGAAUUUAAUAGUGCAAUAAUCCACCCUCUGUCCAGUAAAUUGGCAAAUUUUCCACCGUGUGUGUCUCCAUUUUAGGAUUUGCUCCACAGAAAUUCGUUUGUCUUUCUAACCGGCAUUUGUAACAGAAAAGAGAGGGAGAGAAACCAGAGGGCUGCUGUAGAACGCGCCAGCACCAGCAAAAAAACACGCCCUUUGCUGCUAUUGAGCCGAACAAACAGAGAACACAAAGAAGACUUUUUAGAUAGGAUGAACAAAAAAAAACAAACAAACAAUGUAGCCGCUUCCGCAUAUACGUAGGGCAAAAGCAGGGGACUGCACUGUUGGUGCUGGAGCUGUAUAGCAGAGGGACAGAGAGAAGGGACAGGAAAUUGGAUCAAAAGCGUCGAUGACAGGCUCCUCGUGGAUUUGUUGCAGUGUGGUGUUCCAGACCAAUUGUACUUAAUUUUUGUUCGUGUGUUAGUCAAAAAGAACACCCACACACACAGGAACAAUAGGAAAAAGGCGAAAAGAGCAACGGGAUGAAUUUCCCUUUACUUUAUACGAUGCGAGUUUAUUUAUCACACAAAUAUGGUGCAAUAGAACAUAAUGCUGAUGGGGAAGAGGUGUGUUUGUAGCGAUCGUGUACCAACAUAACGAUCGUGCUAAUUGUUGAUUGUGCUCAGCCGGUGUGUGUGUGAACGUAUACUGAACGUUCGUUGGGCUACUAUUUCUUCAGUACAAAACUCACCGUUCUAAGCUCUGAUUGCACUUCUCGUGUAAGAGAUUCCAACUUUUGUAAAGCACCCUCAACAACACGCACACACACAAACGUACAGCAGUAGCGCCAGGAGAUCAUCACACACAGUGUUAGGAAGAAAGGGAAACGGGGAAGAGGGAAGAAAAUAUGGGAGUCGUUGUUUGCCAUGCGUUCGUUUUUCACUCUUGAAUCACUUUCUCUCUUGAGCACACCGCGAGUUUAUGCGCGAGAUAUAAAGUGUUUGCAAUUUUCAAGUGCUCGAUACAACAUCUAAUUGUUACAAUAUUAUAUAUCAAUGUUCUUCCGUAUGUCUGUGUGUGAGUGUUUUUUUUUUGUUUUGUUUUUUUUUACGCAUACAGCAAGGGAAAGAAGAUAUUCGAAAUUUCAUUCAACAUCCCCGACCCUCCUCCUUGUACGUGUGUUUGUAUAUGUAUGUGCGUUUAUGGCGUGUAAAAGAAGAGGGAUGAAACACAGAUCCCCCCGCCACAUGAUGGGCCUGUAUGGCUAGUAGUAAUAUCUGUAUAUGUUUCUAUGUUUACACGUUCAAAGAACACCGUGCAGGAGACUGAGACACCGAGAAGCGGAGGGGUGGGGAAAAAGUGUGUAAAAAAAACAAAAACAGCUAGCUCUUGGUAUUGUGAAGUUAUUAUCAUCCCUUCUCUCGAUCGCGAUCGAUCUGAAUGGUGGUCGAAGAGAAAGCAAAAAAAAACGAAACGAAAUGAAAAGAGAGCGAGCGAGCAAGCGAGUGAGAGAAGGAAAUUACAAUUUAACUAAUAUUUGCAUAGUGAGAUAAAUAUAUAUUAAAAAAAAACUAGUAUAGAAUAGCAGAUUGAACCGGCAAACCGGGCAAACACAGAAAAGAGCAUUAAACCGAAACCACUAUUAUGUGUGCUAUACGCGCGCACACACACACCCAUACAAUUUGCAGUAAAAUGCAAAACAAUCAGAAAAUACAAAAUGUUUAAAGCAUUUGCAGCAAAUAGCAAAAAAUAAAAACCGUUGACAGAAGAAAAGAAAAACAGAACAAUGUGAUUCAUGCUCGAGUAGAAGAAGUAAGUUACUAUGAAUGUAUUAAAACAUAACAAAGUAAAACGAUACAAGAACAGAAGCAAACUACACGAUCAAAGUGUUGAUCGAUGCAAAUCAAUCGAUCGAAGCAGAGAGAAAUGCAGAGAGAGAGAGAAAGAGAAAGAGAAUGGAAACCCCCCGUUUAAGCCCGUUAAAAUGUGUCUGAGUGUGUGAGUACAUUUUAGUGAGAAAACUACUUCUUGUGUCAAGUUGUGUGAAUGUGUGAAAGUAUUUUCUUCUGUGUGUAAUUUAAAGAAACCGUUUAAUCAAAAGCAGCAAAAAAGAAGCGCAAAACAAACCCUCCUCCCAGCAGCAACACGCAACAAGCUCUCCCGGAUUUAAAGUUAAACACUAAAAUCUACUGUCAUAUACUAUAAAGUUACGAGAAAAAAAAACACACACACACUUACAUAAGCGUAUAUGAAUAUUCUUAAACGUUUUACUCUCUUUGCGCAAAAGAAAGAGGUGGUGCGGGAUAUUAUAAAGAAACAAGAGAAACGAAUGUGUGUAGUGUGUGCUCGAUGUUUGUCGAAUUGCAAAAGUCGAUAGAAAAGGAAGAAAAGUGAUGUAAAACAGUGCAACAAAUGAGAUUGUUUUUCCUAUUAGAGGAUAAAAUCGAACUGGAAAAAUGUGCAAGAAGAAGAAAAGGGAAGGAAAAAAACGGAUCGAAACAAACCAAAAAAAAAAAAACAAA